AUGCACCGCGGGGCGCCCCAGGACCAGGAGCUGGUGGGUCCAGGGGCCCCUGGGUGGGGGUCCCGGGGCACCCCUCCUCACUCAGGACCUCUGGUCCCGGUGCUCGUCUUUCCACCGGAUCUAGUAUUCAGAGCGGAUCAAAGGAGCGGACCCCGACAGCUGCUGACCCUCUACAACCCCACGGAAACUGUGCUCCGCUUCCGAGUUCUGUGCACAGCACCUGCCAAAUCUACGGUGUUUGACGCAGAAGGGUGCGUAAAGCCUCAGUCCUGCAUUGACAUUGUGAUUCGCCAUGUGGCCCCCAUUCCCAGCCACUGUGAUGUCCUGGAUGGCUUCCGCAUUGAGUUGUCCGAGGAAGGGGCUGAGGGCCCAGUGGUGGGACCGAAGGACAUCACCUGCGUACUGAGGGCCCCAGCGCACCUUCUUGAGCUUCAAGGACAGCCUGAGCCAGCAGCCCACCCAGGACCACCUGCCUGGACAGCACCACUGCCCACCAGACAGUUACAAGACAACUCCCACCAGCAACUGGCCACCAGCUCCUUCCUGCUCUUCUUGCUGACGGGCAUCGUCUCUGUGGCCUUCCUGCUGCUCUCACUCCAGGAUGAACUGGGCAGCCAGCUGCCACAAGUCCUCCAUGUCUUCUUGGGACAGAAAUUAGUGGCAGCCUAUGUGUUAGGCCUCCUUACCUGGUGUUCCUCCGGACCUGAACUCCAUGCCCAACCCCAGCCCAUCUCUCUCCUCCCCAGGCAGGGACCUGAGGUGGCUCAUACCUUACCUCUGGGUUAG